CAUAUAUUAGGUUCUCCCCAGCAGACGUAACUAAUGUGUUGGUUUUAUUUUCGUUUUGCAGUUAGAAACCCUAACCCUUGAUCUCCGAAUAAUCACCCAUUCGAUUGUUUCAUUGAGGCAAUAAUUUAAGCAUUUUGUAAAGAUGGAUCGGAUUUCAGAGCUUCCUGAAUCCAUUAUUCAUCACAUCCUCUCUUUCUGUAGUGUGGAUGGAGACCUUGUUCGAAUGAGUGUACUGUCUAAGACCUGGUUUCACCUUACUGCUUCUUUUCCGGUUUUAAAUUUUUAUAUGGGUGACUUUGAAUUUAGAUCUCGAGAAAGUUUUUUCAAGUAUAUUGAGUAUACCACCUCAAGAUUCUGCCAUCAAAAUCUCACUGCAGACAGUCUCGUGCUCAGUCUAACUCUCCAGGAGCCUGAAGAAUUAUAUAUUUUUAACAAAUGCCUUGAACUAGUUCUUCAGAAAGGCGUUGAGGCGUUGCAUAUUAACUUGUUAGAUUCUCCAAAUGUUCCAAAGUACCGUCUGCCUAACACACUCUUAUCUGUUUCCAUGUUAAUAGAUUUGACCUUAAUUGAUUGUGAGUUGCCUUCUUCCUUGAUGGUUGAUACUAUCAAGUUUAAGUCUUUGAUGUUUUUGGAACUCAAUAGGGUCCGUAUAGAUGAUGAAAUGAUCACGUAUCUCACCACUAGUUGCCCUCUUCUACAAGUAUUUCAUAUUGACGAAUGUCAUGGUUUCAAAAGAUUUUGUGUUUAUGGACAUCAAAACCUUCAAGAAGUUAUUAUCGCAUAUAGAGCUCCAGUUGAGAAAAUAGAUAUUGAAGCUCCAAAUCUAACUAAAAUUGAGGUAGCAGAUUACGUUGGAAGAAAGCCACCACAAAUGAGCUUGGCUUCAUGCAAAAAACUAACAUCAGUGUCUUACAAUGGGUAUUCGAAUGGUUUUCCCGAUUUCUUAUCCAACUUCCCCUUCGUUGAAAAUUUGGCUCUGGUUUCUACAUCUAAAAGCAAUAACCUCAAGUUGUCAAGUCAUUCCUUGAGGGCUUUGUGGUUCUGUUCUUUCUGUGAUUUGGAUAAAAUCGAGUUAAGUACCCCCAAUUUGGGUUUAUUUAUUUACUCUUGUGAUGAUUGGUAUAUCUACUCUUAUAAUGCUUGGUAUAUCUACUCUGUGAUAAAGCAUUUACCCCAUUUGAAAGCAUGUAUGCGAUGCUAUGCUAAUGCCUCUAUAGAUGCUCGUUGGUUCCAAAAGUUGAGGCUCUUUUUGGACAAAAAAAAUGGUUUCAAAGCUUUGAACCUGUAUAUUUACACAGAUGAGAAGUUAAUAGUGUUAGAAAAGACAAAGGAGAUUGAGUUGCCACCUUAUGAACUCGAGCAUAUUGAGCUACAUUUUGAAAAUAGAGAAUCAUCGGAUCAUGCAGCUUUUGUGGAUGCAGUACUUUGUUGUUUCCGUCCUCGAUCUCUAACCUUAAGAUCAUCCUUUUCUUUAACUGAUUUUGAAGAACAAAGUGCUCUUGUCAAGUUUACUUAUGAGAAGCUACUUGAACAAGAAUUCCAAGGCCAUACCAAUAUUCAGAUUGUGUCGCCUUACUCUUCCAAAGCACAAAAGCAGUUUAAGGGCUUGAUGUCAUUGCCAACGCCAUUACCUCGUCAAGAAAAAGCAAUUAGCUUUAUAAAGGAAGAAGAAUAAGCAUGCGGUCAAAGGUUUGGUGGUUUGGAGAUUUUCUGAUGCAUUGGAUUUAGGAUUCUAUCCGUUAAUUUGGACUGAAGAUUAGAGUUUAAAAUUGGAAUUAAACAUCUAUAAGUAAUAUGCGUUUUAAUAUCUACAUAUGUAGUGAUGGUUUUUGAAUAAUGACAAUGAUGUCUUGACUAA